AUGAAAAAAUUUAUAGAGAAAUCAAAAAAUAAAAAACAACCAGCUGAAUUAAAAAAUCCUCCUCGCUAUGAUAAUACAAGACCUCCCCUACCAUCUCCUAACCAUUCCUAUAACAAUCCUUCUUAUCCUGCUCAGCAGUAUCAAAACUAUCAAUACCAAUUUCACCCUGAUCAUUACCCUUCACAACCUUAUACUCAAUCGUCCUCAAUAACGUCUCAAUAUGAGAAUUAUGGUAAUCCCCAUUCAAGAACUUCUUCAGGAGAUUAUACUCCUUCACUUGACCAUUCCAUUUUCAGUGAAACUUCGGGGUCUACACGAAGUAUUGAUUCUGUUAGAACAUCUACUGCUUUUUCGUCUCUUGAUUUACCUUGGAUUAGCGGCCAUCACAAAGGUGAUAAAAACGAUCAUUCUCGGCCUUCUGAUGAAGAGAUUGAACCUCAAGAAGCUCUGACGCAUUCAUCAUGCAUUCAUAGUAUCACAUUUUCACUUAUUUCUCCUCAACUAAACACCCGCAAACUGGUAGCCGAAGUUCUUUCUUUCUUUUGUUAUUGUGAAAUCCCUACCGGUCACACUCUCGUAUUAGAAGGUUUUGAUCAACAUCAGCGAUUUCUUAAUGAGCAUGGAAGAUUUGAUGCUUGGAUGAGAGUACUGGAAAAUACAAUUGAUGGACGUGGUCGUUAUGGGAGUUUAGUAGAUGCAAGUGAUGAAUUUAAAAAAGGGGGUAUAGGAAUGGACAGUUCAUUGAUGGAAUAUGUGCUUAUUGAUUCAUUAGUCACGCAAGUUGUUCUUGAUCGUCAUGGGCUUGAUCAAGACUGGAGCCAGUCUGUGGGUCUUACCGUUUCACAGGUCCUUGCUAAGAUGGUCGAUCAAGAUAAACUCAAUACUGCCCUUCAAGAAGCAGAGGAAGCUAAAGCUGCUUUAAAAGAGUUACGUGAGAAACAAGAGUUAAUGUCAAAACAGGUGGUGUCCUCUGAGUCAGGUGACUUACCCUAUAUGUUUAUUGAUUUUACCAUAUGCCCUUUGAACAUUAAAUGUAAUAACAAUUUCGCCCACAUUUUCCACAUUUUAGAAGCUGAAUUAAAAAAUAAAAUUGAAUCUCUUGAAGAACUCUUACGCAUUUCUCGGCACACUAUUAAGACACUUCAACAACGAAUCGCAGAUCUAGAAGCCAGUUAUCGCGAAAAGCUUGAUGAGUCGAAUGUUCAACUUCGAGAACUUGAGACAAUAAUAAAGGAACAGCAAGGAUAUGGGACUGAUACUACUGUUGAUCGAACAGAACUUGUUAAACAAUUAGAAAGAAUGCAGAAAAUACGUGAGACAGAAAGGAUAUUAGAAGGUGAACGAAAAGUUUGGACACCACCUUCAUUUGGAGAUUUAAAGAUGCCAGAUGCAAAUGAAUAUAUUGGUAAUAUGAGCAGUCAGAACGUACCAUCGCAAUAUCCUGAUUAUGAUAAAGCCAAUUUUGCUGGUGGAUUCAGAAUUCCUGAACAUCCUCCACGGAUGGAUGCUGAUGUUUUGAAAGAACUUAAACAACGUCAUGAUGGUAUAAUCGUUCAUACAUCAGCAAGUGAACAUUCAAAUGAACAAUCUCAACAACCACCUACAUCAACUUCACAAACCUCGCCUAUUUCUGGCGUGACUGAAUCUGACUCGAAAAUUUCACAGACAACGCAAACCACAGAAUCGGAAAAUUUAUCUUCUCAAUCUUCAGCUACAUCCCCAGCUUCUUCAAAAAUACUAUCACCACCACAUAUACCGUCGCCGCCAUCAUCGGAAAAAGUUGGUGGCAUACCACCACCUCCGCCACCACCAGGAAAAACUGGAGGCCCACCACCACCUCCGCCACCACCAGGAAAAACUGGAGGUCCACCACCACCUCCGCCACCACCACCAGGAAAAACUGGAGGUCCGCCGCCGCCACCACCACCACCAGGUAAAGCCGGAGGUCCGCCGCCACCACCACCACCACCAGGAAAAGCUGGAGGUCCACCGCCACCGCCACCACCGGGAGGAAAAGCCAGGGGUGCCGGAGGUCCACCACCACCUCCAGGAAAAGCCGGAGGUCCACUACCACCAGGAGGUUUUCGAGCUCAGGCAUCUUCAAAAGUUCCAUACAUGACUAUGAAGAAACUUAAGCAACUUCAAUGGGAUAAGAUUAAUUAUUUAUCUGUUAAUAAAACACUUUGGGGACAAGCAAAUUUGAGUGAUGAAGAGCUAAUUAAGUUACUUGGUGGAGAAACCGACGUGUUCUCUAACAUUGAGAAAUUAUUUGAAGCUUAUGAGCAUAAAGAGAGACCGAAGGCUGUAAAAGAGGAAGAAAUUAGUGUUCUUGAUCAAAAGAGAGCUUAUAAUAUUAAUGUGGCACUUGGACGUUAUAAAGAUAUAUCAUUUGAAGAAAUACAUAAGAAGAUCGUUGAGUUUGAUGUGUACUUCUGUACUGAGAAUUUACUUAAUCAGUUAAUGUUAUAUAUUCCAACAGCUGAAGAAGCUGCGAAAAGUUCAUCAAUUACUUUAUUACACUUUUUGGCUGAGACAAUUGAAACGAAACUACCUAAUGUAUUGGGUUUUGUCGAUGAGAUAGCGGAAUGUGGGUCUGCUUGCAGAGUAUCACAACAAGAAAUGACAAACGAAUAUCGGCAAAUGGGAACAAAGUUAAACGAUUUAGCAAUUGAAUUACAAAAACAUUUUGGAGACGAUGUUGAAUUAGAAAACAAUGACAGAUUCCCUGAAAUGAUGAAAGAGUUUGUUGUAAAGUCACAACAAAAGUUUGAAGAUUUACAGAUGGAAUAUACUUCUAUGGAAGUUGCAUAUAAGGAUGUUGUAGCAUACUUUGGAGAAGAUCCCAAAAACACUAAACCUGAUGAAUUCUUUGGAAUAUUUAAGACUUUUCUCACUAGUUUUGAGCGGGUUAGAAAUGAUAAUAAAGCAAUAAGAGACCGCGAAUUAGCUGCUAAGAAGCGACAAGAAGAGAUUGAACAGCGAAAGAAAUUGGCUAAGCCGAGCACAGGAGUGCAAAUGACAGCUCAAUUAAAUUCAUCAGAUGAAAAACAUUUAAUGGACAACUUAUUGGAAAAAUUGCGUGAUGGUGGUGAUGUAGAAAGUCGAGCAAAGAGGCGUGGUGGAAAAGGUGGCAAAGAGGGAGGAGACCUAAGAGUUUCUAGAAGUAUGAGUAUCGCAAUUAGGGCUGAAGAUAUACUAAAACGAUUGAAAGAGGAUCCCCUACCACCGUUGCCAGAAAUGCCAAAAGAAAUUGUUGCAGAAUGA